AUGGAGACUGCUAUACCAUUUGAUUUGCUCAGUGGUGAUGAUGCAGAGGAGCUAGCGUUGUUGAUUGCCGCUUCAAACAAAUGCCCACAAUGCCCAGCAACAACAAUGGUGGCGAAGGAUCUCAAGGUCGGCGAACAUCAGGCUGAGCUCACACAGGCAGCCUCAGCACCGCCGGAAUAUGUUCAGAGGCUUGAAGCUGCUCUUCAGGACGAGAGGCAGAACUUAGUGGAUUCGAACUCCAGCUGCAAGAGGCGGAGGGAUUUUGAAAUCACGGAUGCUAAUACGGACUCGCCUGAGAAAGAGCUUGUGGAGAGGCUCUGUGCUGGAGGCGACAAUGGUUUAAGAAACAAUGGCAAAGUAAAGGUGGACGAUCUGAUUCGGUCGGAUUGGAAGAGAUGGCUGACUUGUGUGAAGAAGAGAGAGAGAGAGAGAGGAUCGUGCGUGAAGAAGAGAGAGAGGGGGGAGAGGAGAGAGACGUAG